CGUUUCAGCAUAGAACCCGUAAUUCACAGAGUAAUCAACAAUUCUUCCACCAAAUUAAACGGAGGAGGAAAGAGUUGGUCUAAAUCGGAACCCAAAGCGUCAGAGUCAAAUCACUCCGAUCCAACUCGUCCUCAUCUCCUCUUCCUCUACAGCGAGAGAGAAAUGUAUUAGGUCAAAUUGCAUCAAUCGACCCGAUCCACCGUCGUUUUGAUUUCAUGCUAUUAUUAGCAGCUUCGUGAAAGUUUUGGUGAUUGUCUGAGUUUGAUUUACCGUACGUGUUAGUGAAGCGAUUUUGAAGUCAUUCAACCAUGAGUUUUGUUUUUCGAGGUUCCAGAGCAGACUUAGAAAAUGGGUUCCCCGGAUUUAUUCCAGAGAGGCGGACAGUGCGUGUUCAUGCUACAAGACCUGUUAAUUCCAACUCUCUUGCUUUCCUUGUUACGGUUCUCUUGCUAUUCAUGAUAUUGAAUUCACAUCAGAUGUCAUCAAAUUUUCUGCUUUGGCUAGUGCUUGGUAUCUUCUUGUUGGCCACAACCCUUAGGAUGUAUGCAACUUGUCAGCAACUUCAAGCUCAAGCACAAGCACAAGCCCAUGCUGCUGUAGCCAAUGGCCUUCUUGGCCAUACUGAAUUGCGGUUGCAUAUGCCACCAGCCAUGGCUUUUGCAUCCAGAGGCCGUUUACAAGGCCUCAGACUCCAGCUGGCACUCCUUGAUCGAGAAUUUGAUGAUUUAGAUUAUGAAGCUUUGAGAGCACUGGAUGCUGACAAUGUGCCUACGGCUGCUUCAAUGAGCGAAGAAGAGAUAAAUGCCCUUCCAGUUCAUAAAUACAAGGUCUCUGGCUCUCAAAGUGCUGGCUCCUCAAUGCAACAGGCUUCAUCCUCAGGCCCUGCUGAGCAGAAAAAGGUAGAUACCCCAAUUGCUGAUGGGAGCUUGAAAGUUGAAGAUGAAUUGACUUGCACUGUUUGCUUGGAGCAAGUUACCGUUGGUGAAACCGUCCGAAGCUUACCAUGCUUGCAUCAGUUUCAUGCUAGUUGCAUUGAUCCGUGGUUGCGGCAACAGGGAACCUGCCCAGUUUGUAAACUCAGAGCAGGAUCUGGUUGGCACGACUCCAGUCAAGGUGAAAUGGAUGCUUCAUACAUGGUUUAAUUACUUGCACAAGCCUGUAGAUCAUUGUAUUUAUCCGAUGAAUAUACUCUCACUUACAAUCCCAUUGCUCAACAAGAAAGGUCUGAUUUUCUUGAUUUAGGCAUGAAAGCAAUUGCCUAAUACUCUGUGAUCGAUUACCAAAAACAGCUGUAUGUAAUCUUCAAGUUCGCAUUGAAAUUUGAAAAUUAUCUAUUAAGAUAUCCCUUUAAUUUA